UCCGGGGCCAGGAGAAGCCGGCGCCGGGUGAGGACUCUCCAGGAAUUCCCAGGAGCUGAUCCCGAGGGAAAUGUUGUGUGUCCAGCUCCUCGUCCUGGCGGUGGCCACGGCGCCGUUCCGAGCUGGGGCUGUUCCCGAAGCCUGCAGGACAGCAGAGGUGGCCAAGGUUCUGUUCCUCGUGGGGCAGUCGGAGGCUGCAGGGAAGGAGAGCUCGCGGCUGCUCCAGGAUUUCAUCGGGAGCGUGGCCAGAUCCUUCGAGAACGCGGAGAUGGGAAGAGGAGGAGUCCAGCUGGGCCUGGCUCUGUAUGGGGAGACACCAAGGAUGAGUGUCGAGCUCACGGAUUACGUGGCCAUCAAAGAGACGCUGGAUGCAGUUCAGGAUCUCUCCUUCAAGGGCAGCAGCCUCCGAACAGGCUCAGCCCUGGCUUUUGCAGCUCAGGCCUUGGCCCACCAGGACACCCAGAGAGAGGAGGCAGCAAAGGUGGUGGUUCUGAUCACAGAUGGGAAAUCCAGCGAUUCCGUGGAAGAGGGAGCCCAGAUCCUGCAGGAUGGGGGGGUGACAGUGUUUGCUGUGGGGAUUAAGGAUGCUGACAAGAACGAGCUGGGCAGGAUUGCUUCAGAUCCCGCUGCGGAGCACGUGCUUUACGUGGAAGAUUUCCAGCUGCUCCCAAACGUGGCUCCCAAACUUUCUCGGAGGCUCUGCUUCACCGCCUCGGAGCCACCACGUCCUGUCAAGCAGAGGGUGCAAGCUGAGCAGAUCCUGGGCCCUCGGGAGCUGCGUGUCAGCGAGCACAGCCACAACUCCCUGAGGCUCUCGUGGGUGGCAGCCACGGGCAGGGUGACAGGGUACAGUGUCCGUGUCCACCCCUCGCUGCCACCGGGCCAGCCGGAGACAGCGCACCAGCAGCAGGUGGAGGUGGAUGGGGACACAACCACGGUGCUGGUGACCAAUCUGAAGCCCAGCACCAAAUACGUGCUCACGGUGAGGGCCAGCUAUGGAGGAGCCCUCGGGGAGCCGGCAGCCACCAAAGGGAAGACAACUCCCGUGCCUCCAGUCACCAAUUUCCGUGUGAUAGAAGAAGGACUUUUCAGCCUGAAGGUGGCUUGGACACCUCCCCUGGGCAAGCUGGAGGGCUACAAGAUCUACAUCCCCAGGGCCAACAAGCCGGGGGUGACCCUCGAGCAGAUCCUGCGGGGCGAUGUCUCUUCCCACCUGCUGGAGAACCUGCAGGAGGACAGGGAAUACAGCAUCAGCAUCUACGCCGUGUAUCCUGAGGGGCCGAGCCAGCCCGUGGCUGCUCUGGGGAGGACACUGAAGCUCCUGCCUGUGGAGAGCCUCUUGCUGCAGAACGAGACCACGGACACGCUCCAGGCCCGGUGGAGCCCUGUCCGGGGAGCAACGGGAUACAGGCUCACCUGGACAUCAGCAGAGGGCAGCAUCCAGGACGUGACCCUCGGCAGCUCCUACAGCUACUACAUGAUCCAGGGGCUGGAGCCGGGCGUGGAGCACACGGUGACCAUCAACCCCAUCUUUGGGGACAUCGAGGGACCGGUGGUGACUGGCAAAGCCACCACGGUGGCAUCCAGCACUGUCCAGACGCUGAACGUGAGCGAGAUUUCCAUCAACAGCCUCCUGCUGUCCUGGGAUUCAGUCAUGGGAGCCACCGGAUACAGGGUGGCCUGGGGUCCGACACCAGAAUUCUUUGGCAAGGACCGUCCCCGUCACCUGUCCCUCAGCAAGUCGGUGACGUCCCACCAGCUCCGCAGCCUGGCCCCUGACACGGAGUACGUGAUCUCUCUGUCCGUGCUCUUCGGCUCCGGGGAGGGCCCCGGGGUCACCACCUCGGCCAGGACAGCUCCUCUGGGAUCCGUCUCCAACUUCAAGGUGACGUCCCACACCAGCACCAGCCUGUCCUUGGCCUGGAGUGCCACAGCCGCCGCCACCAAAUUCAAACUCACCUGGAGCCCCGUGGCAGCAGGCAAAGGAAAACAGGUUGCCAGGACUCGGUACCUGGGCAGCAGAGCGUUGGCUCAUCGGAUUGACCACCUGGUGCCCAACACCCUGUACAGGGUCGGUGUCCGGGCUCUGUUCAGCAGGACCGAGGGGCCGGAGGUGACCCUGACUCACCACACAGCUCCUUCUGGAGAUUCCAACCCCAUCCCGACCAUCCAAGACCUCAGGGUUACCGACACUGGUGUCAACACUUUGAAGCUGGCUUGGAAAAGUCUUCCUGGGAUAAGUCACUACAAGAUAUCCUGGGAGCCAUCCAAUAGUGACUCGGAAUCCUCCCGGCUGCUCCCGGCAGAGGCCGUUUCCUUCGCGAUUCCCAACCUGAAGGACAGCACCACCUACACCAUCUCCGUGUCCGCAGUGGGAAAAGGGCAGGAGGGAAACCCCACGGUCCUCACGGCCAGAACCUCGGAGCUGCCCAAAGUGACGGAAUUCAGCGUGCAGGAGGCCGCGGAUUCCAGCCUUUUGUUAUCCUGGGAUGCUGUUCCUGGAGCAUCCCAGUAUUUACUGACGUGGGGGUUGUCCUCAGAUUUCCUCUGGGGAAUCAUCCCCAAAUUCCUGUUUGCCAACAGUGAUGCCACCAAAAUGGGAACGACUCCGUGUUUUUGUGGCUCCCGGUCACGUUCCUGCUGUUUUCCGCAGCUCCCACUCUUUUCCGGGAAUUGUUACCAGCAGCUUCCCAAUCCUAUCGAGCGGCAGGGCUGA